AAUGCCGACCGGGUGCUGGUCGACCUGGCCGACGCUAUGCUGCGCGUAGAGGGGCUCAAACGAGCUUAUACCCGCAAGUCUGAAGAGGUAAGGAGAAGCAAACGGGCUGUUGAUGACGCCCAUAAUGUUGCUGACUACUCUUUGUACAUGCAUGGCUUAGAAUCUAAAUCUAUACGCAUGGAACAGGCGGAGAAGACCAAGGCCCUCCAACAGCAGAUUGAUCAACUGAAAAACCAAGUUGACCAACUGCAGGCGUCCCUGGAUGAUGCCAAUAAAAAGUUGGAGGAACAGAAAGAGCCCCUCCAACGGCUGAGCAAGGCGGAGACUGAAAAUGGCCGCCUUGCCAAAGAGAAUGAGCGCCUGCGCAAAGAGGCGGCUGCUGCCAAUGAGAACUUCAAGGCCACCUUGGAGGCGGAGCAGGACAGGCUCAUUGAGGAGAAUGAGCUUGAUUGUGCAAACCGGAUGCGACGGGCGUUUUCCCUCAUCCACCCGGAGACGGACUUCACCGUCUGA